AUCAGUUGCUUAUUAUAAGGGCAGCAGCUUCCAUUGGUGUGGAAGGAUUGCUCUCUCUACGUCUCCCCACUGUGACUCAAUGGAUACAAGUGGCAAGGCAGAGUAAGCCUAGUGCUCCUGUGUGAUGUAAUCCUGGCAGCAACUUUACCUCAGACAAGAAGUGACCGAAGGGGAGGUAUGGAGACAAUAACAUGGAGAGAUGGGACCAUGGUAAAGGCAGGUGGCACACUGACCAAUACGAUGGAACCUGUGCCAGAAGACAUGGCUCUGGAAGUGGCUGACAUCGUGGUCCUGGUUUUGUAUUUGCUUUUUGUCUUGGCAGUCGGACUCUGGUCCAUGUACAGGACAAAGAGGAACACAAUAAAGGGCUAUUUCCUUGCUGGGAAGGACAUGGUGUGGUGGCCGAUCGGAGCCUCGCUCUUUGCCAGUAAUGUGGGAAGUGGUCAUUUCAUUGGAUUGGCUGGGACCGGAGCUGCUUCCGGUAUCGCAGUGAGUGCGUAUGAAUUCAACGCAAUGUUCAUUCUAAUCCUGCUGGCCUGGCUCUUCCUACCCAUUUACGUUGCAGCUCAGGUGAAUACCAUGCCUGAAUACUUACGGAAACGCUUUGGAGGACAGAGAAUCCAACUUUUUAUUGCAAUUCUCUAUUUGUUCAUCUAUAUAUUUACAAAGAUAUCAGUGGAUAUCUAUGCAGGAGCUGUCUUUAUUCAACAAGCUCUCCAUUGGGAUUUGUACAUCGCAGUGAUUGGAUUGUUGCUAAUCACCACCCUCUACACUGUUGGAGGUGGGCUGGCAGCUGUAAUAUACACUGAUGCGCUCCAGACUGUCAUCAUGUUGAUUGGAGCUCUCAUUCUCAUGGGAUAUGCUUUCGUUGAAAUUGGAGGUUACUCGGGUCUCCAGGAGGCAUAUUUUCAUGCCAUUCCAAGUGUCCGUGACCUCAACACCUCCUGUGGCUAUCCAAGGAAAGAUGCUUUCCACAUUUUCCGGGAUCCCUUGACCUCUGACUUUCCUUGGCCAGGAGUACUGAUUGGAAUGACAAUCCCAUCAAUCUGGUAUUGGUGCACUGACCAGGUCAUCGUCCAGAGGUCCCUAUCUGCCAAGACACUCCUACACGCCAAAGCUGGCUCGUUGUUUGCUGCCUGCUUAAAGAUUCUGCCCAUCUUUAUAAUGGUUAUCCCGGGUAUGAUCAGUCGAGUGCUAUUUACAGGUAAGUGGAGGUACUUGGUGGUUUGCCAUGUACCAUAUUCCUGCAGAUCAUCUACUUCCAUUGUCACUCUCUUUUUAGAUCAGGUGGCCUGUGUUGAUGCUGACACCUGCCAGAGGAUCUGCGGUAACCCAAUUGGAUGCUCUGACAUUGCCUACCCGAAGCUGGUGAUGGAGUUACUACCAGGAGGGCUGCGGGGCCUGAUGAUGUCAGUCAUGGUCGCUGCUCUCAUGUCCUCCCUCACUUCGAUCUUCAACAGUGCAAGCACAUUAUUUACAAUGGACAUCUGGCACCACUUCCGGCCCCACUGCAGCGAAUGGGAGCUCAUGGUUGUUGGCAGGAUCUUCGUGCUGGUGCUGGUGGUGCUGUCCAUCCUGUGGAUUCCUCUGGUGCAAAUCAGCCAGGGUGGCCAGCUCUUCAUGUACAUCCAAUCCAUCAGCUCAAACCUGCAGCCACCGGUGGCAGUGAUCUUCAUGGCUGGCUGCUUCUGGAGACGGACCAAUGAGAUGGGUGCAUUCUGGGGACUCCUCCUAGGGAUCCUGGUGGGCUGCUUUCGAAUGAUUUUGGAUUUUAUUUACCCCGAGCCUAUGUGUGGUCAACCUGAUAACCGGCCGCUGAUCACCAAAUAUGUUCACUACCUGCACUUCUCCAUUCUCCUCUCUGUCUUCACACUGAUCACCGUGGUAGUCGUCAGUCUUUGCACCGCACCCCCGGAGCCUGACAAGAUUAGCCGUUUGACCUGGUUCACCCGUUUCGAUGUGACCAAUUCUGAGGCAAGCCAGAGUGAAACAGAUUUCUACGUAAGAAAUAAAGUGGAUGAGCUUGAGGCACAGUUGGAAAUUGAACAAUGUGAAGAAAUUAAGGUUGACUCAGAGGAGAUCACCAACACGUGCCAUGUCAGCGUCUCCGCAGGUGAAUUGAAGCAAAGAUCAAAACUGGUUUCCUUUCUGCUGUGGUUCUGUGGGAUGGAUAAGAGGCAAGAAGCAGAGAGUCCUGAACCAACUGAAACUCCAGACCACACACAAUUGCACACAGAGGAAUCCCACAAGCAUUAUAUCAUUAAUGCUAAUUUAAUUGUCUGCUUGAGUGUUGCUGUAUUUCUCUAUGCUUACUUCGCUUAAAAUAAUCAAAUGAUGUAAUAUUUCUUACACUUAUACCACAGCAAAAUUGUUACAAUUCUAAAAAGGACUAAAUUCAUUUUUUCCAUGGAAAAAAUAAUGGGAAACUUGCCUUUUAUGUCUCUGCACAGCCACCAGACAACACAGGCAAAGAACUAUUGUAAAUUAGGUAAUUCAGGGGACGUGAUGGACUAAGUGCCCAGACCAUUCUCCCAUAAGCAGCUGUCUGAUGGUGACCAGAUGAUCCAUUAAUAAAGCCAUAAUCAUAGAAAAGUACAGCACAAAAUGGACCCUUUGGCCCAUCCAGUCUGUGCCAUACCAUUUAAACUAUCUAUUCCCAUCAACCUGCACAGGGACCAUAGCUCUCCAUAUCUCUACCAUCCAUCUACCUAUCCAAACUUCUCUUAAACAUUGAAAUCAAGUUCACAUGAACCACUUGUGCUGCCAGCUCGUUCCACACUCUCACGACCCUCUGAGUGAAGAAAUUUCCCCUCAUGUUCCCCUUGAACUUUUCAUCUUUCACUCUGAACUCAAUACCUCUGGUUGUAAUCCCACCCAAUCUCAGUGGGAAAAGCCCUCUACCCCUCAUAAUUUUGUAUACCUCUGUCAAAUCUCUUCUCAAUUUUCUAUAUUUCAAGGUAGAAAGUCCUAACCUAUUCAAUUAUUCCUUAUAACUCAGAUCCUCCAGACCUGGCAACAUCCUUGUAAAUUUUCUCUGUAACCUUCCAAUCUUAUUUACAUCUUUCUUGUAGGUAGGUGACCAAACUUGCAGAUAAUAUUCCAAAUUAGGCCUCACUAAUGUCAUAUACAACUUCAGCAUCCCAUCUCCUGUACUCAAUACUCUGAUUUAUGAGGGCCAAUAUGCCAAAAGCUUUCUAAAUGACCCUAUCUACCUGUGCCGCCACUUUCAAUGAACUAUGGAUCUGUGUUCCCAGAUCCUUUUGUCCCUUUGUUCUACCGCACUCCUCAGUGCCCUACCGCUCAUUGUGGAAGACCCAUCAUGGUUGGCCCUACCGUAGUGCAACACCUUGCACGUGUCUGCAUUAAUUUCCAUCUACUAUUUUUCAGCCCAUUUUGCCAACUGGUCCAGAUCCUGCUGCAACUUCAUGAGAGCCUUCCUUGCUGUCCAAUACACCCCCAAUCUUAGUGUCACCCACAAUUUUUGCUGAUACAUUUAACCACUUGAUAAUCCAGAUCAUUGAUAUAGAUCUGUUCUGGGACCCCUUCUCUUCGUGAUUUUUAUAAAUGACCUGGAUGAGGAAGUGGAGGAAUGGGUUAGUAAUCUGCUGAGGACACAAAGGUUGGAGGUGUUGUGGAUAGUGUGGAGGGCUGCCAGAGGUUACGGAGGGACAUCGAUAGGAUGCAAAACCGGCUGAGAAGUGGCAGAUGGAGUCCAACCCAGAUAAGUGUGAGGUGGUUCAUUUUGGUAGGUCAAAUAUGAUGGCAGAAUAUAGUAUUAAUGGUAAGACUAUUGGCAGUGUGGAGGAUCAGAGGGAUCUUGGGAUCUGGGUCCAUAGGACACUCAAAGCUGCUGUGCAGGUUGACUGUGUAGUUAAGAAGGCAUACGGUGCAUUGGCCUUCAUCGACCAUGGGAUUGAGUUCAAGAGCUGAGAAGUAAUGUUACAGCUGUAUAGGACCCUGGUCAGACCCCUCUUGGAGUACUGUGCUCAGUUCUGGUCACCUCACUUACAGGAAGGAUGUGGAAACUAUUGACAGGGUGCAGAGGAGAUUUACAAGUAUGUUGCCUGGAUUGGGGAGCAUGCCCUGUUAAAACAGGUUGAUUGAACUCAGCCUUUUCUGCUUGGAGUGAUGGAGGAUAAGAGGUG